AUGUCUGUUGCAGUGGCCCAAUUCAAGGCCGCCAUGGCCAGAGUCAGCACCCAGGCGAUGAUCUUAACCGCAGGGUGCAAAUCCCAAAAAGACGUUCUUCAUGGUAUGACGCUCUCGUCGGUGUGUUCGCUCUCUGUCCAUCCCAAACCACUUCUUCAGUUCAACUUGCAUUUACCCAGUUACACGUCCCAGGCGCUUCACGAUAACCAUGGCCAGUUGUGUUUGCACUUGAUGCCUCCUACGAGCGAGUCAGUGUUUUUGAGCCGAACGUUUGCUGCUGGGAUCAAGACGGAUAGACGGCAUUUCGACGUCAAGCCCGAAGACGGCGAAAUCUUCCAUGAAAUGACCACACCAUUUGCUCAUGUUGGUCAGAAAAGCUACGAUUUUCACGAUACUGGCAAGUGUCUUCUCCCGGUUCUUAAGGAGCUGGAGAAGGCGUUUAUAUGUGAAAAGCAUGAAGUGUUCAGUGUGGACAGCCAUGAAAUAUGGGUUGUCAAUGUCUUGGAUAUACUAUCGCCAAAUCGCCAUUACGAGGAGAAGAAGCUGGGUGGGCUACUCUACUUCCAGCGUGGUUUCCAUAAGGUUGGUCUGUGCUUACAAGAGCGCUAG